ACCAUUGUCAGAAAAUGAAUACACAACACAGAGUCCAAUGGCAUCUCAAAUACCAACUGACAAGGAAACAACCCAUGAUGAUAUUGGGCCACCAUUCAGUCAAUUGAACACAUAUUUGCCCAAAUCUAAGGAAUUAUUACGCGGAAGUAUUCCAAGGCAGUAUAAAUUCCCAAUACAACCGAAAUUUUUACAACGUGAAGUGGAAACGGGGCAGUAUUUGAGAGAAACAUCUGAGCCCAAUAUAAAACAUCCGAAUAAGUCAAAUGUAGAACAAUAUGUCAGUAAUGAUGAGAACGCUGAGACUCAUUCAAUUUUGCAGUC